UCAAAGACUGUGUAUAUUCUUAUCUCAAUUUGAUCUUAGAGAUAUAGAAAAACAUAGUUCAACUCUGCCAGAAAACGCCGUUAGGUAAAGAAGUACUUAGUAAGCCGCUCGGCACAUUGAGGCCUAUAUUUCAGAUCUAAUUCAACUUAAGAAAUGGCCAGUGGGGAAAUUCCAAGAAAGGAGAAAGAAAACCAUUUCCGCAUACAACUGCUACUGGAUCGUGGAAAACUAGUACUGCAAGAUGUUCUCAGUAACCAAUUACAAGCACGAUAUCCAGGACUGUAUGGACCAUCAAGUAAUGGCGCGAUAUCUGAUGUCCUAAAUGACAAAAGUGUGAAACAUACAUUACUCCUUUUGAAGAAGGGAGUGAAGGGAAGGAAAAUUUUUAAUCAAGAUCAAAUGGAUACUCUCUAUCCCCCUGGGAACCCUGCCCCUCCUGUGACAUUGCACGACUUGGAUAUAACCCUGACUGUAAUCUUAUUAAGAAAUAUCACAAACUUGAAUCCUCAUGCAAAAUGGGACAAACCUCCUGCCACGGACACAUCCACAGAGGCCAACAUCGGCAGGGUGAAGGGAUACCGCAAUAAGCACGCACACGGAACAGGAGGUCUCUCAGACGCAGAUUUCAAGACCCAGUUCGAUAAUCUGAAAGAUAUUCUGCUGUCUCUUUCGACAUUGUAUGCUAGUGAGGACUACAACAAUUUGCUGAGUCAGCCGUUGGACGCUUCAGAAACCCCUUGUCAGCUGAUCUCCACGAUGUUACCUAGAACAAACACAGAGCUGAAGGGACGUGAUGACAUCGUCACCACAAUACUCCAACAUAUCAGAGAUAAAGUUCCACUCGUUCUCCUGACCGGGAUGGGGGGUAUCGGUAAGACCAGCAUAGCAGUUAAGGUCGGACAAAUCAUGCAAAAUGUGCUGUACAUUGAUAUGAGACAAGUGACAGAUCUUAACUCUGUCAAGUUAUCGCUGGUCCAACAUUAUCACCCAACACGUCAUUUGAAAGACUUAUACUCUGAUUACCAAAACAUAUUCAAACAGACUUUGUCUAGUUUGACUACUGACACCCUUUUUAUCCUAGAUAAUGACGAGUCUUUUUUAAGUUCAAAUAGGAAGGAGAUUAGUGAAUUUUUGAAAGAUGUAAUGGAUUCAACAAAACAUAUCAGUUUGUUGUGCGCCAGUCGUGAAAUAUUUGAUUUCACAUCACAUAACAUAGUUGUGUUAGACAUUGAUAAACUUGAUAAAAGCUCCGCGCGUGACGUCCUAUGGGAAAGAAAAUCAACCAGUCCCACGGACAGCGAGUUAGCGAACUUAGAUGAAAUGGCAGAAAUGUGUGGCUAUAACCCUCUUGCAUUAAAAUUGCUAGCUGGACUGCUUGACAGAAAACAAACAGAAGCAGUAUUGCAGAAAAUUAAAACUCAGAAGAUGCUAUCAACUCUUUCCAUUCCUAGCAUGCCAAAAGAAAUCAAAACUUGCUUUGAUAUUUCUUAUGAAACAUUAAAACCGGAGUCGAGAAAGGUGUUUGUUGCACUUCAUAUAUUCCCCGUUGCUUUUAAUCUGGAAGAGGUCUCUGCUAUUGUAAGAUUAGAUCAAAAUAAAUGCGAACAUAUCCUUGAUAUUCUUGCCAACAAAUCGCUCAUUAGUACCGAUGGUAACACCUAUGAUAUCCACCCUUUACUAAGGGAAUAUGCAGAAUACAAUGCCCGGGAAUAUGGCAAUUAUAUUUUUGAAAUUCAAGCUGCCUAUUGCAGUUAUUUUAUAAAAGCUCUGAAAAGAUUAAAAAUGAAAGAUAUUGGUGCUAGAGAAACAAAUAUUUUAUCCGUGAUGUUACCACAUGUAAAACAAACAGCUGCUUUAUAUAUUAAAAGGUUCAAAACCCAAGAUGCAUCUAAAAAACUGGAACGUGUAGACAACAUAGCAAUGAUAGCAAACAUUUUUUGCAGCAUUUUUCUCCACCAAGAUGCUCUACAUUAUCACAAAAAAUGUCUUGCAUUGAGAGAGGAGAUACUUGGUCCCAAACACCCCGAUACCGCCCUCUCCUACGACAAUAUCGGUACUGUACUGCAGGACAUGGGUGAGUAUAAAGAGUCACUUGAUUAUCACAAAAAAUGUCUUGCAUUGAGAGAGGAGAUACUUGGUCCCAAACACCCCGAUACCGCCCUCUCCUACGACAAUAUCGGUGCUGUACUGCAGGACAUGGGUGAGUAUAAAGAGUCACUUGAUUAUCACAAAAAAUCUCUUGCAUUGAGAGAGGAGAUACUUGGUCCCAAACACCCCGAUACCGCCACCUCCUACAACAAUAUCGGUAGUGUACUGAGGGCCAUGGGUGAGUAUAAAGAGUCACUUGAUUAUCAUGAUAAAAGUCUUGAAUUGAGAUUGGAGAUACUUGGUCCCAAACACCCUGUUACCAUAAGGACGGUCAAUAUUAUAGAAGAUUUAACAAAAAAGUGUCAUCAGAACAAAUUUAGAAAACAGUGCUGCUCAAUAGUCUGAUUUCCCUUUUCCCAUGGCAUUCUGUGAGAUAAUCAGAAUGUAUACUGAUUGAACCAUUCAACAAAUAAUUCAGUGUGUGUCAAACGGCAAUCCACUUUUUAUGACUCCAUUUCUAAAAUCAUUCUAUUUCUAUUUCUGUAUGAGACAACGAUAUUAAGGCAAUUUAAGACUGGGUCCUAACCCAACGUACGAUCUGCUACGCCUGGUCUACGGACAAAAAAUUUGGUAAAUUUUGGUAAAUUGUGCAACUUUUAGAGGGCGCAGACAGCACGCAGAACUUUUUCGACAUGCGGUCUACGAAAUCUAAA